UACCUGCGUUGUGAUUUUGCCGAAUGAAAAAUGAAAUUAAAUUCACCGCGCGGUUUAUUUAUUGUUGUGGUCGUCAUUUCCAAGUUCUUUGCCCAUUUCUGUUCCUUUUUACAUUCCAAAGACCGUCCAACUAUCGAUGGGAAAAUUCAGCCAAAUGCAUAGCUAAUCUGUAAGCCGAACUUUGAUGCAUUGUACUCCAAUAUCGAAUGUGUCAAUGCCUUCGCUGUGAGUUCGGCCGAGGUUACAAAUUCCACUCCCUACUGGGCUCAGUAGGUAAGCCCAGUGGAGACAAACUUUAACUCUCCUGCCCCUCCCUUCAAUCAUUUUUCUGGAAUCUGCAGACACGUGACCAGCCGCAACUAGGGUACUUUCUCGAAGGAGGAAGAGAGAGGACCCUGGGAGCGAAGUUGACACCGGGUCGGAUGGACGAGAACACCCCGAGAACGAAGUUCGUUUCGGUACAAUAUUAAAGGGCAACGAGAAGCUAAAAUUGCACCUUAUUGUUACUUAUUUUCGCGGGAACUUAAUUUCGCGAAAAUGGAAUGGGUAUAUUUCUUGGGACUUAAAUUUCGCAAUUUAGCCUAAAAAAGAAAGAAAAAAGAAAAAAAAAUACGUUAACAGGAAUGAACUUUUCGCGAAAAUUGUGAAAAUACUGAUCUUUAUUGACAAAUGGUUAGUCUCAAAACUGGCACAAUUAAUUUUCCAUAUAGCAAUAGUUUCCAAUGACGCUGAACAAAACCAUAAAGCAAAAUGAAGCUGAAAACAGUUUCACAUGUUCGCUUGCACAAAGCUGCGCUUAUAAUUAUGACGCCAUCCAUUUGCAAGUCGACUACCAACCGCUGUUUGGGAUAAGAGCCUGCGCUCCUCCUCUUUCUCGGGGAGGAACGUAGAACAUACUCGAUAGAAGGGCGAAAAUCGAGCCUAGUAUUUAUCUUAACAGGGGUUAAACUUUACACGCUGUUAAAGGUGGUGGCUCACUGAAACUGCCAACGGAAAAAUAUUUCCUUUCUCAACAGCGUCAAUGACAGGAACAGGCCUUGCUUUUUCCGGAGGUGGUAUCCGGUCAGCGGCCCUCUGCUCUGGAGUUCUGCGCAGACUUUUACAGCGCAGCACCAAGAUCGACUACCUGAGCUGUGUGUCAGGGGGCGGUUACACAGGUACGGCCUACCUGGACUGGAAAUACAGACAUGGCAAGAAAGAUGAUCCAAAAUGGCAUCAGGAGUUCUUCGAUCACAUGAGAGAAAAUGCUGGAUUGAUGUGCAACUGGAGAAGUCCUGUUUACGGAAUCUUGGACACCAUCAUAUUAAUUUCCCUGAUGUUGCUAGUGUCUGUCAUUAUGCCGUGUAUUGUCUGGGGAUCCUACAUUCUCCCAGUGGCUUAUGCGAUCGAUUUCAUUUUCGGAGAUCUGUUGCGAGCUGGGGAUGAAUGCGAUGAACUUCCUACCACCCCACUCCCCAACCCAGGUGCUAACAUCUCAAGCCAGGCUAGACUAGGAGGACCUCCCUGUAAGUUCAAACGGGGCUCUGAAGCCUAUCAACGCAUCAUUCUGUUCGUGGCUCUUGCAGUCUUGUUCGUCACCUUCUACUUGUUGGCUAAGAAGGUCAAAAAGUUUCGAGAUGAACUCUACUUCAUCUCUGCCUUUUGCGGAAUAACACUUGCUUUCACUUUCAUACCUUAUUUCAUUUUCUACUUCUUCGACCGCACCCCAUUCUGGGCGCAACUUCUCAUUUUAGUCUUUAGCAUCGUGGUCUGGCUGUUCUUUCCGGUUCUCAGAGGAAGGUCGUCUUUUGUAGUGGUGAUCUACUUGUAUUCGUAUGCCGUGUACUGGAAAGUGUAUGAGGCAUCUGUGUUCGGUGUCGAAUAUUCCGAUUACCUGUUCUAUAGGCUUUUCUUUGGCUUUGCAAUCGUUUUAUGGUUUGUGCCAGGGUUGGGAGCCCUUCAACAACGACUCGUGCACCUCUUUAAUCGGUGGAGACUGCAGAAAGCUUUUUACACCGAAGCCAGUGUUGGUUCAACCGGAUGCAAGGGAAUCGGCUGUGAGGAUAUUUUCCUGGUAACUUGUAAAUCAGCAACAAAGCACGAGCCGCUAAGUGAUAAUGAAUUUGGACCAUUGAGUUUACGAGAUCUGGAGGGAAUCAAGCCUCAGUACUUAUCAAACAUCGUGGUGAACGAAUGGUCUCUAGACAAAUCGGACAAUGAGGCCCAAUACGAACUGCUCAUCAUGUCGCCCACAGGAAUCGAGCGCUUGGAUCGCCAAGAGGACCAAGAACAGUUUGAGAACAAACUCGAUCCUGGAGAUGUUGACCUGUCAGCCGCCAUGGCAACCUCUGCCGCCGCAGUUGCUCGAAGCAUGGGAGCUUACGACAAGUCACUGCAAGGCCUGAAGCAGCUGCAAACCGUGCUAGGACUGGGUUUGGGUGCAUCCAUGGUAUCUGAUGUUGAGGCGCUAAAACGAGAACCUUGUAUUUUUAGGGCACUCCCCUUUAUCAUCGAAGGAUUCCGUAUCCUCCCCCUGGUAACCUUUCCAUUGGUAUACUUUGCCGGGGGGAGCGAAAACUGGGUCGCCAUUGGUGUCCUGAUAUUUUUUGUGAUGCUGUUUAUGCUGCUCAUAAUUUCGACCUUGAAGACUGGUGAUGAAAAUCCCGGAUGUCUGGAGAAAGUUACCAGGUGGUUCAUCGUACACGUUCCUUUUGUUCGAUUCAUAAGGCAAAUGCUCUUUGUUACCAAUAAGGGUCCCUCCCCUCCCCCAAUACUUCGACUCAGUGAUGGCGGCCACAUUGAAAAUCUCGCCAUUUUGCCUCUUCUGAAGAAACGCUUAGAGAAGAUUGUCGUGGUAGACGGUGGUCUCAAGUCCAACGACAGUCAAUGGGGGAAUGAUCUAAUCAACGCCUUUUCCUUGGCGCGUGAGAAACUUCACUGUUCGUUCAUUGGUGUGGACGGCCGUGACGUUAUUGAGGACAUAAAAGAAAAGUUUGUCAACAAGCCACGGGGCCACCAACCAAGGAGUUACAGGUGUAAGGUCUACUACUAUGAAAAGAAAUCCAUGUUUGAAGAUGGAGUUAAAGUUGGCGAAGGUGAAAUUUUGUUACUUUCUCCAAGACAUCCUAAAAAAGGCGUCAAGACACAGGAACGCGUGACAUGGAAGGAAACACUGCGUGACAUUGAUGUUGACCUGGAGGCAGGUGACUGGGGAGUGGGUCCACAAGUGGACGCGGAGGAAGUGAACAGCUUAACGUUUUGCUGCUGUGAAUGUUGUCAUGGCAACUCACAUCGAGGGCUGUCAAAGUCGCUGUGUGGCAAAUUCCCAGAACACAUCACGGCGAACCAGUUUUUCACGCCGCGCAUGUUCAGUGCAUACCAUUCGGAAGGAUACAACGCAUGCGUAGAAGCUGAAGCCGCUGAGUUCUUGGGUGCGGUUGAAGAAGUAGAGAUGACAAAUCAUUCAGUUGAGCACCAAACAGGAAUCUAAUGAUGUGUACCAUGACUGAGAGAGCUCCAUAGCAGUUUUUUCUCAAAAGGAGCGUCAUAAAAUGCUUUUUGAUAGAGUGAUUAGAGAAGCCAGUCGUAGGAACUUGGUUUAACUCAGUUUUGAAGUAUUAUGCUGUAGUUUGAAAUACAUUUAGAUUUCAGAUGUGAUCAAAAUUAAUGUAAAAUUGGGGAUGACAAAGUACAACCCCCUCCCCCCCGAGGAGAUCUCUCAUACAAAGAGGACGAGGGUGCGCGUCGGAAAUUUUGAGAAGAGCCUGUAAGAGGUACCAAGAUCCUGUUUUUUAGGGCGUGGCUUGAAAUGUUUUUCACCCCUAAGAGGUAACAAAUCUAAAACAACACAUUAUCUCCUAAAACCUUAAAAUGUUGGAAUGUACUCCCAUAUCUCCUGUCAUAUUUUUUCGGCUAUGCACCCUAAAAUGUAACGCGAGAGCUCCCCCUGUGGACCGUUUGAGGCUUAACACUCUAAGAGGUGCCAAACCCACCUUUUUUAACCCUUAAAAGGUACGACGAACACCCCCGUCUUUUUUAUGUGGGAGUCUCUCCCCCGGUACAAAAAAUGAUUCAUUAAUUAGUUGUCACUGUUGUACUAUUGUAUUCUUUUUGCAACACAAUAUAAGAUGUCGCAAUUUUGUACGCGCAUCUUCAUUUUGAAAAUUUUUUUGAGGUACAACGGUAGGACACACCUUAUUUUGCAGGUUUUUCUUAUGUACUUCCAUAUUUAGGUCCUUAGCCGGGAUAGGUUUUAUUCCAUAUUUUUUUCCUACCGACGAGAAAAAGAGAAAUUCCUGACAGUCUUUAGGGAGUGUCCGUUAUUAAAUGUAGGACUAACGCACAGUUAGCAUCAACUCCACACCUCAUCUUUUUUAUUCCGUUUAGAGAGACUCUUAUAACCGGUGCGUAUGUAACCAAAUGGUAUUGGGAACUAUGGUAAUCAAACUAGCCAAACUAUAGGCGAAUCUUUGCUGACGUCAUUGUUUACAUUUUUCCUCAUCAGCAUACGACUUGACUCAUAGAAGCCGUGGCCGAAUAUAUGAACUAAAUGCAAACGUUGAUGAAGCUGAUUAAGUUAAGCAAUUUGUGCAAUUUUCAGCUCUUUGCAAGCAAAAUUGAAGGAAAUAUCAGCCAUCAAAAACUGCAAAAUUGCUGUGUGGCAAAAAAGUUAAUGAGCCAUACAUUUCUCUGUAAAAUUUCGAGUUUUAGAAGAGAAUUUCUCCGAAAGCAUUCCGUGUAUUGGGCUCAAAUUUUCAGAGGUAAUUGAAACUGUUAUGCCCUUUCAAUAUUCAGAGUUUUUCUUUCAUUAGCGUCAUCAGAUAGUGAUAAGCAAAUUUUAAUGAGGCAAAAAGUGUAAACAAAGAUUCGCCUAAGAAAACUCUUACACGGAAUGCUUUCGGAGAAAUUCUCUUCUAAAACUCGAAAUUUCAAUUCUUAUUCGAUCUUAUUCCGAGGAUUUCGAGUUCGAUCUACCUUAAAACUCGGAGAUAGGUAUAUAACUGCUCAUUUUUUUAUGCAAUUCUAGUAAUUUCAUUCAGUUUUGUAUAUGACACGUUGUAAGUGCGAUUUAACAGCUAAAUUAUUUUCACUUAGAUGUUUUAGUUUGUUGGGCGAGCUCCGUUGUAAACGAGUGUUUUCAU